GAAACGUUUCAUUCAGUCGCUGACAAUUAAAUGCUUCUCUCUCAUUAGUAACGACAGAAACUAGCAAAAAGAAAAGCUCACAGUUACUUUAAUUCUCUCUUUUCUUUUUGUAAUUUUUUUAUCACCAUUUUUCUAGAUAGAGUAAGAGAAGACGGAAGACAGAAGUGUUUUUGAAAUUCUUUUCUUUUCGUUUGGAGAGUUAGGAGGAGAGAACCGAUUCACCGGUGGCCACCGCUACGCUGUCGUUUUCGCUAAGCACCGUCACCGGCAUUUUCUGCAGAUCAUAAAAGAUUCCGUGAAAAGAUAAAUUCUCAGGAAGGAAGACUUGGCAGAGAUUAUCGGAAAAAUGAACGUGAAAUGAAAGUAUGACUAAUAGUGGACUCGGUUGUUUUGUUCACAAGUGAACAAAGUGAAUUCUCUGAAAUUUCUACCAUUACAAGACUUAUUUUCAGCAUUGCAACUAGUUGCUUCAGUGACAGCUUGAAUGCCUAGUAGCAAGGUUUAUCUGACAUACAAGCGAAAGCUGCCAUCAUCAAGAAUUGGCAUUGCCAGUGAAAAGGGUUAUCAUGAUUCAUUUUCUGAAAGACCAAGUGAUACUUCUAUGACUGGACCAGACAAGUGUGAUAGGCUAAGUGAGGAGCAUAAAUCAGAAAACGAGCAAAAAAUUUCACCGAUAUUUCCUGGAUGUGUUAUAUGUGGCAUCAGAGGCAACCUGCUGCGAUGCAAAGACUGCCAUCAACCUUAUCAUCAUCAGUGUCUUGAUAGGGCCCUCGAGCCAAAGCAUAUGCUCAACAGGGAAAGACCGAGCUGCGGUUGUAAACUACAAGAUUCUUCUGCACUUCAGCCACUGCAACAGCUAAGCAGACUGGAAGCGAUGAAACCCGUUGAAGGAUCUGAUAUGAAAAUAAUGACUGUCAGCUUCUCUAAAUCAUCUGUGAAAGGGAGUCCUGGUGAGGGCACCUCUGGAAAGUAUAUGAAGUCACCUCCUUAUCUGGAUAUAUCCAUGAAAAGUAUAUCAACUCCUAUGGAAGUUAGUCCUUGUUCAGCAACAAACAUGGAUUCUGAAGGGAAAUUUAUUUCUCAGUCAACUGGAAUGAACACUGGAAAGAGAUUUAGUAGCUCAAAAUCAGCCACUGAAGGAUGUCACGUCUCUGUAUGUGAUGCUGGUUCUUGUUUGCUGGAAGCGCCCAGCUUUGGAGGCACUAAAUCAUUCUUAAAAGGUAAUUGCACUGACUGCCCUGGCAAUUCACUUGGGCAAACUAAGUUGACUACUCCAUUAAUUACUUUUAGUCGAAGAUGUAAAAGAAGAAAAGAAGAUAAUGAGGCUCAUGUUAAUAGUUCGUACCUUGGGGAGACUGCUGAUAGUGCAGCAUCUCUUAAACUUUGCUUGGGAGAUAAUUCAACAGCUUUGGGGCUACCUAGGGAGGAUACAGAUUCAAGGCAUAAGUUUCAUCAAAAACAAAAAAUUAUAAAGGGUGUUGAUUCUGCAUCCGUGCAUGUAGGAUCUGCUCUAGAAGCUAAGACUUUGAUAUAUGAGGGAGAACCAUCUAAUGUUUCUAAAAGCAUGCAUAAGGAUGGACCGGCUAUCAAUGGACAAGGACAGAUUGCAAAAGUUUCAAUGGACACUGAAGAAGCGCUUCUAGACAAUUUGCAGAUCUCAUUAAAUGAUGCUACUAAAGAUCCAUGUGAAGCCAUAGUCGUAGACACCGAGUUGGAAAACACUAAAUAUCAAGACAAACCUGAAAAUCUGUCAAGCGAUGGUGGGAAAUCAACAAUCAUUCCUGACUACAAAAAAGAAGGAUUGCAACCUUAUUUGGAUCUGUCUGUUACUCCUGAUUCCUGUGGUACAUCGGACAAUGAUAUCAAUUUGGAUUUGGAAUGUCAAAAGGAGGCUGUUGAUGCCACUUCAGAAUCCCUUCGAGACUCAGUGGACUCGACAAGCAGAAGUCAUGCCACUGUUUUAGAUCAAGUGUCCCCUUGGGAAUCAUUGCAAGGCACGAGUAAGGGACUUGUAGAAGCUUCACAAAUUCAUUCAAGCAGGGAUCUUAGUGAUGCAUCUAAUUCUGUGGAAGAAGUUGGUGCUAACUUGAAAGAUAAUGAUGAAGCUUGUCCUGGACCCUCCUUGGACAAUGCAUCAAGAAAUGAAUGCCUGCAGCUAUUUUCUGAAGAAAAGGGCAACAGUUUCAUUCAAACAAUUAGAAAGCCAGAAGUUACUGCUUGCACGGUCUUGGAAGAAAGUAAAUCUCUUCAUUUGGGAAGUGACAGUAAUCAGAUGAGACAAAAUUCAUGUGGUUCUCCAUUAGAAUUGAGUUUAUCACUCCCUACAGAGUCUGAUAUGGGUAAUUAUUCAUCUAAAAAAGACCCGAUCACAUCACAAUUCUGGAACUCUGACAGUGAAAUCAGAGACUUUUUUCGGGAUGCAGUGCCUCAGUCUUCACCUAACCAGGCAGCUCCAUUGCUGAGACAUAAGCUGAUGCUUGACAGAAUUGUAAUUCGAGCAAGUGGUUUAAAUGCAAAGAGUGGUUUUAACGAGAAGUUUAAGCCAUAUGCUACAUUAUGGUCGGAAGAAGAACUGGAUUCUCUUUGGAUAGGAGUGAGAAGACAUGGAAGGGACAAUUGGCAUGCCAUGUUAAGGAAUCCAAGACUCCACUUUUCUUCAUGGAGGACAGCAAGGGACCUUGCUGAGCAGUGGGAAGAGGAACAAGCAAAACUGCUGAAUGACACUCAUGUUUUACGAUUUAAGUCUCCAGUAACACAUGAAUUUUCCGUAGACAAUAAUGGUGGCUUCAUGUGCCCGAAGACAGGAUUUUGGAGAGAAAAUGCUCCUGAGGAAACUAGGCUCUCCCUAGGAGAUAUUUAUUCUCAUAGAACUGCUAAUGUCUCAAAGAGACGGCGUUUCAACUUCUUUGGUGUUGAAAGAAAUGAAAUGGAACAGCUGUGCCGGCCUGCUGCUUACUCAAGAAGUUAUUCUGACUUUCAGGGUGAGAUAUAUGGCAAGGGACCAUAUGAUCAUAUGGGUUGCGCGACUGUGCCAAGGUGUGAUCCCUUAUUUGUUAAUUGCUCUUUCACUGCUUUGGCACCAAAAGGAGGCAAUUUGCCUCAUUGGCUAAGGGAAGUAGUAAGCACUCCUCCUCCGAGGCCAAUGGAGGCAACUCUACACCCUGGUUUUUCACCUAUUGCUCAUUUAGGGAAGAUGCGAGUUAUGAGACCAUAUCAAGAUCCUAGCGAGCUACAUUUUAGUGGACUGAGGAAUAGGAUAGAUAGCGAGUUUGGUGAUAUAAGAGCCAAUGGGCUGCAGCCAUCUGGUAAUGGUCAUCACUCCUAUGUCACCUUGGGAAUGAGACAUGGGAAAUCUGGAGUAAGUCGGAGUUCUGCACGUCUUGCCAAUAAACAGGACAACUUAAUUGUUAUCGAUAGCGAUGCAUCUUCUGAGGAAACAAUAUCUGAUGAUCAUAGUGCUAGGCCCUAGCAUUGAGGAGGUUAUGUAAGCGAGACUCUUUCUUUAGUUAUCUAAAAUGUGUUCAUUAUGUGUUGUGCAGUUUUGUAGUUUAGCAAUUUGUAAAUAAAAAUUUUCACCAAUUUCUAUGUCAAUUUUAGACCCAUUGGUGCA